AGCUGGGGAGAUAGUGUAGAUAAAACUACACUUAUUUUGGGACAGAGGGAGUACAUUUCUAAUAACUUGCCUAAGUCAUGGUUUUGGUAUGUGGAUAAAAUGACAAUAUUGACAUUGAUAUCCAUCUUUUAGUCAGAUCCUUCUGCUGCUACGUUGUAUAUUUGUUAGGCAAGGUUUGUAUUAACAUUAAUCUGCCCUGUUAGUCGCAUGAUAAGGUUAUAGCAAUUCUAAUAGAGAAUACACAGUUGGACCUUAGUUGCAGAGCAUAAGCUAGCCUAUGUACCUUUGUUUAAAUAAGGUAGCACAAGAAUUUGACAUCACACAUUAAUAAUUGUCAGUAAAUUGUGAUUUUCUUUUCGACUGCACGCGUCAACUACUAACAAGCAUCCAUUCUGAACAUAAUAGGCAUGCAACAAAUCUGUACACUACUUAUUUCAAUUUAUAUAAAAAGGUGAUGAAAAUAUGGUUUUCUUUUAUGACGAUGAAGCAAGAGAGUAACUUUAGUCAGGUAGUCACAGUUAAGUUUCACAACUUGUUGCAUCAGAUCCUAUGGCAUUUCAAUCAUUUUAGAGCCAAUUUGAGGUUACAAAUAAACAUCAUUUUAAACAGCACUAGGCACUAUAUCACAGUGAAGGAUGGUGGUAGCUACCCAUCCUAGGCCAUGUUUGGUCCGGUGGCUGCAACGCGUUUAAGCGAGACACAGAAAUAUACCGCUGAAUGGUGCACUGCGCCGUGCUACUCGCUGAUGCGCUUCAGUUGGGAUGUGGUUUUUCAACGUCCAGAUGUGAGAAGCGUGAAGCGACCGAAACGCUGCUUCCCUGGCAACGUCUGGAGGUCCUGGGUUCAAGGUUCAAACCAGCCUCCUUGCAGAAUUUUAUGAGAAUUUUGCCAGGGUAAGGCUGUCUAGAAAUUCCCUUCCCCACCGCACCUUUUGUGCGAGCUUUCAGCACUGGGACACUCUUCUUUGUGGAGUGGUUGGAGUCUUGAAGAGAGUUCAGCUAAACAUAUUAUAAGUUUUAGAUUUCAGCAAUUUGACACCAUAUAUAGCACCCUGCUGUAGUCCUGCGUGUCAAUCGAGUUCUCAGCAAUGGCUAUAUUGAUCCGACGAACUGGCUUUUAGUUUAGGCUUCUGUUCACUGAGAAGGAUAAAGUUACUGUUAAUGACCUUGUGAACGCAAGUACCUGCAUAUGACCACUCAGGGUGUCAUGUUUAACAUAGGCAUUUUAAUUUUGUCUUGAAUAUGUAGGAGAGCUGCGCAUUAUUGCCUUAAGAAAGGUUUUAGAAAAUUGAUGUAUCAUCAUUUUGGCACUUUGACAAAUGAUUUGAUUAAUGUAUUCGUCAAUUAAAAUGGUAUGUAAAUUCCAAUGAAACAAUAUAUAUAGGGAUAGGUGGUAACUUCCUCAAAAACUGUGGAGUUUGCACAACAUCGAGCAUACAAACUUUCUCCUUGUUGCUUUAUGUAGCCUACACGAGCUAAAGAAACGACAAUUUUGUCCCAAUCAUCACUAUUACAAGUAAUGCCUUGCUAGCUAAUUUCAAUUAUUGCCCAAUAUUAUGCUGAAUUGUAGAGCAUGCCCCCUUUUAUGUUAAACACUUUUUAUUUCUCAACUUGAAAUAACAACUGAAACUAACAUUAUUGCUAUUUUUUAUUCAUAGAUCGAAGGGAGUCAAUAUUUGCAUGCAGGGGAUAUUGAAAAGGACUCGGUGCUCCAACAACUUAUUUCAAAGAGUGGUGGGCUUCCAAAAGUAAUUGUUGCUAUAGCUGACUAUUUAGCCCACAUGUUCAACUGGGUAUAAAGGGCCAAUCUCUUGAAUGAUCAAUUUAUAACUACCAUGGAGACUAGGCAAGAUUUUGCUCGUUUACAAGAUCUGUUUGGUUGGACACAUUCCUACUUUCGUUCUUGCCCAGAUUUCCUGAAGCCUUGCAUUUUUUACCUAUCUAUUUUCCCUAAGUCCGAGAUCAUUCGGCGCCGGCGGUUGGUGAUGAGGUGGGUUGCAGAGGGUUACUCUAAGUUUCAGGAGAGUGAUAGCGCGGAGGAGAAUGCAGAGGAACUCUUCGCGAAGAUCGUGGAGCUGAGCAUGAUCCAGCCACCAGAACGGACAUUGAGCACAAACAGGAGAAUGGUUUGGUGCCAAGUCAGUGCUUUUUUCCACGAGUAUAUCAUCUCAAGACCAAAAGAAGAGAACGUUACAUUUGCGCUGGAGGUCUUUGCACUGAAUGGAUGUUGCCGCCAAACCUCCGGGCGCACAGGACGACACCUUAUCAUAGAGAAAAGCUGGGAGCGAGAUAGGAUUGUGUUCGAGAGCAUCGACUUGUCUCGGCUACGUUCCCUCACUGUGUUUGGUGACUGGAAAUCGUUCUUCAUUUCUGAAAGUAUGAAAGUGCUUCGGGUGCUUGAUCUAGAGAAUACAACAGGCGUUACAGAUAAAGACCUCCGAGAGAUGCUCAAGGUGCUGCCACGCCUCAAGUUCCUUUCACUCAGAGGAUGCAGUAAGAUCAGCAAUUUGCCGAGUUCAGUGGAUAACCUAAGGCAGCUCCAAAUUCUUGAUGUCAGAUACACCUCCAUAGUCACCAUGCCAGCAUCCAUUACCAAGUUAGAGAAGCUACAGUACAUCCGUGCAGGCACUAUCACUACACCUGUGGAUCGCAAAGGUCUUCAGCUAGUUGGCGUCAAGGUGGGAUCAGGUGUUAAAAAACUGACUCUAUUGCAUACACUUGGAAUUGUAAAUGUCGGUGCUGCUAGGGGGAAAGCCAUCCUAAAAGAACUCAGGAAUCUCACUCAAUUGCGCAAGCUUGGUGUGUCCGGGGUCAGCAAGAAAAACAGCAAGGAGUUCUGUUCUGCCAUCACAGGUCACUCCCAUCUAGAAUCCUUGUCAGUGUCCCUUCACAAGGAUAACCAAGAUUGUUUGGAUGGCAUGUCCGUUGGGACCACCAAUGAAACUUUUAGGCCUCCAAAGAAACUUCAGAGCCUUAAGCUAUAUGGGCCUGUAAAACAAUUGCCUAUUUGGAUCAAGCAGCUUUCUAAUCUGAGAAAGCUAAAUCUGGAGAUGGAUGUAUUAUCAGAAGAUGACAUUGGAGUCCUUGGGGUUCUACAAGAACUAUGUAUUCUACGGCUUCUUUUGAACCCAGUUCAUGAUGGUGAGGUCAAAUUCUGUGUCAUGAAGGCUGGGGUAGAGGAGCGCUGUUAUAGGAAGAUUAAAGUCCUCGAGAUUGCUAGCAGAUCCAUGUUAAACUUAACUAUUGGAGCAGAAGCAAUGGAAAAUCUCGAGCUGCUCAAGGUUGGCUGUUGUAAUACUGGACCGCUGCCAAAGUUUGGUGCGCUAAAGCAUCUCAAGUAACUGAAGGAAAUCCAGGUUAUUGGCUACCAUGAUGAAGAACAGAAGAGAAAUUUGGAGAACCAAUUUGCGGACCAUCCAAGCAAACCUGCUUUGACAUUAAGGGAAGUCAACCCAUCGUCGCAGGCUUCAACUGCAGGAAACUACGAGCGAUGUUCAUUCCCCUUUAUCCCUACAUCAUCAUCCAGUCCAGCAAUAUGACCAUGCCCAUUAGUGAAACAUGAGCCUCCUUUUCCUGUCAUGUAUUAUUUUACUACUUAAAAAUGCUGCUUGUAAUUAAUCUAUCAGGAUUGAGAAUCCGCAUGUUCUGGAUGUGUUGGCAACUGGUAAUCAGUCGGUUUUCGGAGUUGAGAUGCAUGUAAUUUCCAGCCACAUUCUUAUUUGUCAUGUUAUUGUUAAUGGAAAAAUAGCAAAAUGAAACCUCAAGAGUUGGAGGGUUCGAAAACCA